UCUGUUUGUGUUGGUGUUAUUUUUCACGGAAAUAUUUAUUUUUUAAAAUAAAUUUCAUUUACUUUUAAAGACGUAAAAAUCGUGCUGUAAUAUAUGUACCUAAUAAAAAUAUACGCAUUUUCUAAGGAAUUAUGACCUCUAAAAAUGUAGCAUACUUUUUAUCAGUUGGCACAAUCGGCCUCCUAAUUUAUGUCAUGUACGGUCACGAUCUCAUCUUUUCGAAGCCACGCUUACCACUUUAUUUAAUUCGUGAAGAAACCGACCGUCUAAACAAGUUGCAUGUGAGAUGGGGAAACCACUCCGAAGGAAGAAACUACACGACGACGCUGGUGACCGCUUUCUUCGGCAUGGAGAAGGCGAAACACAGUCUGGAAGAGUAUAAAGUCUGGCUGAAAAAUUUUCUCGGUCAGGUGGAUACACCGAUCGUGAUAUUUACUCAGCCCAAAUUUAAAGAUCUGAUGGUCCAAGUUCGGAACGGCAGGCCGACACAUUUCGUACUUUACAACGAAAUUUGGGACGUCCCCUGGCUCCUUGAACCCCACUCUUUGCACGACGAUUACCACAAAAUGCAUGCAAUAGAUCCGGAAAGAUCUCGACAUUCUCCCGAAUUGUACGCCGUGUGGAACUCAAAACCCUGGUUUCUCCAGACCAUGUCGGAACUUAAUCCGUUCAAUUCGACGUAUUUUUACUGGAUGGAUGUCGGCUGUGUGAGAGAGUCGGACAUUAAGUUAGGAAAUUAUCCAAAUCUGGAAAGAUCUCUGGAAGUCUUUGGAGAGGAUGAGAGAUCGGAGAAUUACAAGAAACUUAAUAUUUUUACGGUCGGAAGAUUUCCCAACUACAAACCACCCCCGGACUCCAACACAUUUGAGGAAAUGGCAGAGAUGGACUUCGUAAUAGGGACGUUCUUUGGAGGAACGGUGUACUCAAUUAAUUGGUUCAGUAGAACAUUUUACGCCAUCCAUGAUGUUCAAUUGAGCCUGGGCGAGUUUGUCGGGAAGGACCAAACGUUAUACAACUGGAUAGCGACGCAAUACCCGGACCGAUUUCGGGUAGUUUGUAGCUGUCAACAAAUCCUAUGGAAUUGUAGGAGUGGGUGGUUCUACUUUCAAGAAUGGUAUGCCGGAGAGGACGUGGCAAACGAGGAUUGCAGAAGUGCCCCUGUGUCAAAUAUGACGGAUUUCUUACUGCUAGACGAUGACUAAAAAUGUUUAUAAAUAUGUAUUUAUGACUUACCGUAAAACCUCUAUUUAUAGCCCUCUUCUAAUUAAAGCCGAUCUCCAAAUAUAGCCGGGUCUAGAGACCAAGAUUUCAAAAUUUUAGCCGGGUCUCUAAUUAUAGCCGGGUCCCCAAUUAUAGCCGGGUCUCUAAUUAUGACCUGUCUUGUCCUCUGUGUCCCUGUUCAUAGUCCAUUAAAGAAAAAUGUUGCACAUUAUGCAAAUCAACGAAUAAGUUGAACUACUAAUUUUUUCCUAUUAAUUUCAGGUUAAUAAUGGAUAUAAUCAUGACAGAAAAUUUAAAAAAACCUGCUAAACUUCGUUUCAAGAUGGUAAUUAAAAGUGACUGGGUUACUUAUGGCUUAUCUUGCUAAAUUAGAAAACUCAAAUUGAG